GUGGGCGCUACCGUGGUGGUGGGGUGAAGAGGUAUGGCGUGCAGGUGCAUGGAAGCGCACGAGGAAUGUUCCGUGCGCCGUCGCCCGCUUGCGCUGGGUUGAGACUGCUUGGCGCCUCAGUGCUUGCGACGACGCUUAGACGCCAUCUGAGGCGACACACGGGGAGGAUGCCGCUCACCAAGGAGGUCGUCAAGUUUGGCUCCUUUGUCGUCACCAACCAGGUCUUCCACCUAACGCGCCUGUCCUUUGCCAUAGUCAACCUCAAGCCACUACUGCCUGGUCAUGUCCUGGUUUCGCCGCGUCGGGUCGUGCCACGUUUCAACGAUCUAUCCGCUGCCGAAGUGCAAGACCUCUUCCUGACUGUACAACGUGUGUCCCGCAUGGUGGAGCGAGUCUUCAGUGCCUCGUCUCUCAACAUCGCCAUACAGGAUGGCAUCGAUGCAGGCCAGAGCGUGCCUCACGUUCAUACACACAUCAUCCCUCGCAAGAAGGAUGACCUCGAGGAGAAAGGCGGCACCGACGCUAUAUACGCCAUGAUGGAGAGCGAGGAUGCAGACCUCAGUAAGCAGCUGGCCAACAACGACAGGGCAUCCAGGGCAGACAUCGCUGAAGAAGAGAAAAAGGGUCGCUUUCCUGCUGUGGACAAUGAUAGCCGCAAGCCCAGGAGCGACGACGAGAUGCAGAAAGAGGCCGAAUGGCUGGCAGAGGAGAUGGCCCGCGACGAGCAAGCCGCAGGGACUGCAUAGGAUGACCAACGCGCUGUCUAGGAGGUUUCUCCUUGGGCCGUCAUGCUAUACUCGGAGACUAUAAGCAUCGCAGCUACUGCAAGCUAUGGCGUCCACAUUGGACCCGAGCCUUGCCUCAUACUUGCAGAAAAUGGAUGGUGCAUGUGCGGGCGCUUGCAGUUCAGAACAGUGUGCUUAUAAUAGAUGAGUGCCUUUCAUAGACUCAACACUGAUAAAUCCUGGAUUUGUCCUUACGCAGU